AUGCAAAAGGAAAUAAAGGAGUGCCUUGGAAUGUCUCAGCCAGCUGUUAUCACCGUAAAUCCAGAUCGCCCCAACAUUAAUUUUGCCUCAUUUUCUAGACCAAGCAGAGGCAGUGAUAAAUUGCUUGAGAUCCUUGAACCACUUGCUCAAGAACUUCAAACCAAGAGACAUGACUUCCCAUUAACUCUUAUCUAUGGUUCUCUUGACACAAUUAGUGAGUGCUAUUUGUACUUCAGUCAAACAUUGGGUACUAGUCAAUAUGAUCCACCUGGUGCUGCUGCCUUGGCAAAAAACAGAUUGUUCACACAGUUUCAUGCUCAGUACCCAAAAUUUGAGAGAGAAAGAAUUGUUUCAGAGCUAGUGAAUGGGGAGUCCAGAUUAAGAUUGUUAUUUGUUACCGUGUCAUUUGGAAUAGGAAUCGAUAUUAAUAACAUAAGGCGGGUUAUACACAUUGGUGUACCAUAUACCAUCGAAGAGUACUUUCAAGAGGCUGGACGAUGUGGAAGAGAUGGCUUACUAUCACAAGCAUUGAUCUAUUUCAAUAGUUUUGAUUUAUCAGCUGCAAAAAAGGAGAUGUCAGAUGUCAUGCGGAAAUUUGUGCAGGAACCCAAGUGCAAGAGAGAGAUGAUCUUACAUCAUUUUGGCCACAAAAUGCCCAAACGAGACUUACCAGAUCACACCUGUUGUGACUUCCACUGGAGAUAUUGUGAGUGUGAUGACUGUGUGGUUAAUAGUGCACAAAAUAAUGAAGACACCCCUAUGAAAAGCAAAUAUGAAAGGAAUGUUAAUGACAAACAUUUAUCUAUAUGUACAUGUAGUAAAACAUCAUUGACUGACAUUGAAAAAGUAGCAUUACAUGAUGCCUUGGUAAAUUAUCGAUUAAGUCUACAUGGAUCUGGGCCUUCUUGUGUUGGUGGAGUGAGCUUGGCCACUGGUUUCAGUGUUGAUCUUAUUGACAUGAUUGUACAAAAUGCCAAAGAACUCACAUCUAUUGAAGAGAUAAAAGAAAAAUUACCAAUAUUUGAUGAUGAACAUGCCAAGAACAUUUUUGCUAUUCUUUCUGAACUUAACAGAGGUUUGGAACACCUAAUGAGACACUACAAACGGUUGUUUACACAACAUCUCAAAACUAAUAUGUUUUGA